AAUUUGUGCAACCGCCUGGUGCUUACUAUCAAAUCACUUUGGGCAGGCUUCACCGUGCUGCUGGAGCUGGACAGGUGAAUGACUCAGGAUGGAAAAUGUACUAUAAAGGUUUUCCAGGAAAUACAUACAGAUCCCUAUAAAACUCUCUGAGUGAAGAUGGCGUUCUUUAAAAACAACUUCUGGGGGGAGAAGAAUGCAGGUUUUGAUGUGCUGUACCACAACAUGAAGCAUGGUCAGAUUGCUACCAAGGAGCUGGCAGAGUUUGUCCGUGAGAGGGCUGCCAUCGAGGAAACCUACUCCAAGUCCAUGAGCAAACUGGCCAAGAUGGCAAGCAAUGGAAGCCCACUAGGGACGUUUGCUCCUAUGUGGGACGUGUUCCGGGUGUCAUCAGACAAGCUGUCUCUCUGCCACCUAGAGCUGAUGCGCAAGAUGAAUGACCUCAUCCGGGACAUCAACAAGUAUGGUGACGAGCAGGUCAAAGUUCACCGCAAGACCAAGGAGGAGCAGGUAGGGACCCUGGAGGCUGUUCAGGCGGUUCAGGUCCAAAAUGGUUAUCUCCAGAAGUCCAGGGAGGGCUACCACGCCAAGUGUAUUGAGCUAGACAGACUGAGGAAAGAGGGAGCCCCCCAGAAAGAACUGGAGAAGGCGGAGCUGAAGUCUAAGAAAGCUGCCGAGUUGUUUGCUGUGUGUAUAGAGAAGUAUAACCGCGUGGGGGGAGACUUUGAGCAGAAGAUGAGCGAAUCAGCUCAGAAGUUCCAGGACAUUGAGGAGGCCCACCUGAGGCAGAUGAAACAGCUGGUCAAGGGAUACUCCCACUCCAUAGAGGACACCCACGUCCAGGUGGGACAGGUCCAUGAGGAGUUCAAACAGAACGUGGAGAACAUCGGCAUAGAUAACCUCAUCCAGAAGUUUACAGAGCAGAAGAGCACAGGGAAGGACAGACCAGCCCUGGUGGGGUUUGAGGAGUACAUGACAGCUUUAGUACCGGAGGGGAGUAAGAAGAGUCGAGGAAAAGCCUUCAGGAUUCCUGGACUGGGCAAGAGGGACAAAGAGCCAGACUCAACGGAUUCGGCUGUGACGGAGACACCAAACUCUCCCCUGGAGGUGGAUGAGGAGGGGUUUGUCAUCCGAGGCGACGUCAAUCAGAAUGGCUGCUCGACGGAGGACAAGGAGAACGACUUCUACUCCAGCGACUCUGACUUUGACGACGAAGAGCCCAAGAAGUUCCACAUCCAGAUCCGCCCGGUGGGCAGCAGCAACUCUGCUGCUACAGAGAUGGAGCUGAAGGCCACUGUGGGAGCACUCACACUGCCCCCCAACAGAGGGGUACGAUGGGAAAAGAAAAGGGGGAAGGAGGGGAUACAGGACCAGAGGGGAAGCAUGGAUGAGGUGUCAGUGAAACGUCAUCUCUCCAGAAACGGCAGUACUACAGGCUGUUCAGAGGGGGAGGGAGAGGGCGCCCCCCACAGGGAGGGAGAGCAGGACGGCCUACGCAGAUCCACCUCAAGUCCGGAUCACAGCAGGUUGAGUUCUACUGCAUCACGCUCAGACAGUCUCUUUGGACCUCCUCUGGAGUCGGCCUUUAAGUCUAAAAGCUUUGCUAGUAGAGAGCAGCUACCGAGAGCAGAGAGUGUCUUUGGUGCAUCUGAAUAUGCUGCCUUCUCCACUGACUCCUCCUCUCCUGAAAACGUAGAGGACUCUGGGCUGGAUUCACCUUCCCAUCAGACCCUGGGCCCCUCCCCUGAGACGGCUGGUUGGGCAGCGUGGCCAUCAGCAGGUCAGAGUAAAGAACCAGCAGGACUGGGCAGGCCAGCAGACCCCUUCCUUACUGCCUUUAGAGACCCCUCCCCAGGACGCAGCACCCACCCCCAGGACGACCCUGCCAGUAUCUGGGCAGCUGCUUCUCGGUCCCCCCGCCUCCCUCCUGACAUGGACCUCUCGGCCCUCCGCUUCCCAGUCUUCUCCCAGUCCCUGGCCCCUCCAGAGCCGGACCCGGCCCUGUGGAGCUGUAAACACAUCCCUCCUGAGGACCCCUUUCUGGCCGCCUUUGAGAGGACCAUCACCCAAGAGACCCUGCCCCCCCCUGACGCCUGGGCCCCCCCACCCCCGCGCCCCUCCAGAGACGGGAGGGGGAUAGAGGUACGGAGCGAUCCCUUUGCCAUCUCCCUAAGUGACAGUAAAACCCUCCCCACCCCCUCCUCCUCCUUUUGCAAGGACAUGGACAGGAAACGAGACCGUAGCGUCCCGCCCCCAGAAUCACCUGACGACCCAUUCGCCAUCACUAUGAUUGGCAGCCCCACCCACCAGUCAGCCCUGGCUGCUGCGACAGGGGUCCUGACCCACAGUGUCAGCAGUAGUUGGCUGACCUCCAACUCCCUCCCCUUAUCCCAGCCGAAGAAGGAGCUGGUCCACUGGAACUCUGUCCACAACCCCUUCAGUGAGGGGACCUCUGCUGCGUCUCUGGCCCUGGGUGGAGUGGUGAAUGAGGGAGGGAGGAAGCAGCGCGAGUCACGCAGUGAAAGCGAGCCACGCAGGAGUGGCCUGCCUCUCACACUGCAUUCUGGGCCACAGGAGGACCUGUGCUUCUCUACUGACAAAGACCAAAACUGUCUGGACCUGAACGCACCACAGCAAUCCUGCAACAUGGGCUCACACAAAGGUUUGAAGCAUAGCUUCAGGCAGCACAGUGCAGAGCUGCUGGUGGCAGCCCCUCCCAGACCAGCCAGAGCCAAGAGGUCCUCAGGCAGACUGAGUGGCUGUGAGAGAUCCAGGUCAGUGUGCUCAUCUCCUCUGCCGGAUCCCAGCCCAGACUUCACCUCAUCCUCUUCCUCCAGCCCCAGUGAGUGGGGGGCCCAGACCCGCACCACCAGCCCUGCCAGAGGUGGGCUGCCCUCCCCCCUCUCACACCUGCACCAAGACCACACACGCCUACACAUGCAUCUGUCUCGCGGGCCGAGCCCGAUCUCCCUGAGCACCCAAGAGUCCUGGCCUGUGGCUGCAGCCAUCACAGAAUACAUCAACGCUUACUUCAAAGGUGGACAGCAUAACCGGUGUCUGGUGAAGAUCACAGGCGAUCUCACCAUGUCUUUUCCUGCUGGAAUCACUCGUAUCUUCACUGCUAACCCCAACACCCCGGUCCUCAGCUUUCGAUUGGUCAACAUCUCCCGGGUUGACCACUUUCUGCCCAAUCAGAAGCUGCUCUACAGUGACCCCUCUCAGAGUGACCCAGACACCAGGGACUUCUGGUUCAACAUGCAGGCACUGAACCUUUACCUGCAGAGAGAGGCUGAGCUCAACCCCCAGGCGUCCUACUAUAACGUGGCCCUACUCAAGUACCAGGUGUCGUCCCAGGACCCUGGUCGCGCUCCCCUCCUGUUGUCAGCAGAGUGCCAGCGGAGUGGCACAGUGACCCGUGUGUCCCUGGACUACCACUGCUGCCCGGCCACCGCCCCCUCCACCCAGCUCACUGCUGUGCAGGUGCUGCUACCCCUCGACCACACCGCCACAGACCUGCAGUGCCAGCCCCCCGCAUCCUGGAAUACUGAGGAACGACGGCUACUGUGGAAACUACCCAACCUCUCCCCCACCAACCAAAGCAAAGGCUCUGGCACUCUGUGUGCCAGCUGGCAGUGCCUAGAGGUUCCUCGCGGCCCUCCCCCCAGCCUGGCAGUCCAGUUUGUUGGAUCCGGGGCCUCUCUUUCAGGCAUGGACGUGGAACUGGUGGGCAACCACUACCGUAUGUCCCUGGUAAAGAAGAGAUUUGCCACAGGGAAGUACAUGGCAGGCUGCACCUUGUGAGGAGGAGUAGGAGUGCCCAGGUCACCGUUGGGAGUUACUGGAUUACACAUUGCACUUUUAGCCCUCUGGGCCAUAUCGACCUAUUCCUCCAGGAGGGAGAGGACAGACAGACUGGGAUGGUUUUGACGUUGGGACCACGCACCGUGCUCAGACUCAUUCUCCUGCACUUGACGUGUAUGGUGUCCUGGCCGCUAUGGACCAAACUCAUUUUGGGACCUAGCCUUUAUUUUUUUUGGCGUUCAGCUCUGCGUUGUACACACAAUCCUCGCCAUUUUCCAGGGGAGUGUACCCUUUUCUCUUUGUACAGAAUCUUGUUCUGUUUGCAUUGUGUUCGUGUGCCUUUAUAUCAGGAGUUUGAAAACUGGAUGUAUGAAGUUGGUUUUAUUGAAGAGAUCAAUUGUGUAUGAAUAAAUAAACAUACUUGUCGAACAGAAUUGCCAUGGAAACGUGAAUUUUAAAUGUAAAUAAGGAAUAUUUAUUCUCUAUUCAAUCUAUCGCUAAAGGGUUACAGAUUGCACGAUAGAAAUGUAAAGGUCACGCGGAACACUACAAUUUAAAGGCAAUCACACCAACGCUGAACUUCCGCGAUACGAAUUUAAAAGAGCACUUAAUCAUUGUGAGCGGUUCCAGUAAUAAC